AUGUAUUCAAAACCUCUUCUUCCUUCCUUUCUCUGCUUCCUCCUCGCUCUCAGCUCCUUUCAACAUAUCCAAGGCCAACCUUCAAGCAAGCUUUAUAUUGUGUAUCUUGGGGAGAGGAAACAUGAUGAUCCAAAUCAUGUGACUGCAUCCCACCAUGACAUGUUAUCUUCCAUUCUUGGCAGCAAGGAAGAAGCUCUGAGUUCGAUUGUUUAUAGCUACAAACAUGGCUUCUCAGGAUUUGCAGCCAUGCUCACUGAAUACCAAGCUGAUCGAAUCAGAGAAUUGCCGGAAGUGAUAAGUAUACAGCCAAGUGGUACUGCAUCAUUGGCCACCACACGAAGUUGGGACUACCUUGGAGUAGGUUUAGACAAUGAACAUAACCAACACUUGGGACUGCUUCAAAGAGCCAACUUUGGCGAAGAUGUCAUAAUUGGAGUUGUUGACACAGGCAUUUGGCCUGAAUCUAGGAGUUUUGAUGACUAUGGUUAUGGACCGAUACCUUCUCGAUGGAAUGGGACAUGUGAAGUUGGGCAAAACUUCACUAUUAGCCAUUGCAAUCGCAAGAUCAUUGGUGCAAGAUGGUACACUGGAGGCAUUGAAGAUCUUGAUCUCAGUGUAGACUACCAAUCACCACGAGAUCAUCAGGGUCAUGGCACACACACCGCUUCCACCGCGGCAGGCUCACUUGUGAGAAAUGUGAGCUUUCAUGGCCUUGGCAAAGGCACAGUGCGAGGUGGGGCUCCUCGUGCUCGUUUGGCCAUUUACAAGGCAUGUUGGGAAGGCAACAUCGGUUGUCCUGACGCCACUGUGCUCAAGGCGAUAGAUGAUGCCAUACACGAUGGGGUGGAUGUACUGUCACUUUCUAUUGUUGGUCGAUUUUCCUUGAACUUUGCCACACUACAUGCAGUGGCAAGGGGGAUUACAGUGGUCUACUCCACUGGCAAUGAUGGGCCUCUUCCUCAAUCACUUAGCAAUGAUCUUCCAUGGCUGAUCACAGUCGCAGCUAGCACGAUUGACCGUUCCUUUCCUACUGAAGUUACCCUAGGAAACAAUCAAACAAUAGUGGGUCAGUCCUUGUACUAUGGAUUAGAAGAUGAAGGAUUCAGAGAGUUAUUCUUUAUUCCAAGUUGCUUUACAGACAGUCUAAAUUCCACAAAUAUGGAAGGGAAAAUAGUGGUAUGUUUUGAUUCAAUAAAUGCUCCUGGAGCUAUUGCUUCUAGUGCUGUUGUUGCAAUUCAAAACUUUCUCCAAGUAGUGGAUAGCUUACGACAAGCGAAUGCAAAGGGGCUUAUAUUUGCUCGAUCCCCACUGGGCCUUUUACAAGAUUUUCGGAACUUCCUGUGCAUCUUGGUAGACAAUGAUGUUCUUUGGCAAAUAAACACCUACGCCACUAGUGAUGCAUCUCCGGUUGCCGAGGUGAGGCCAGCAUACGAUAUUGUUGGUAGUAGAGUGAUCUCAACUAGGGUUGCAGCUUUCUCCUCGAGAGGACCAAGUAUACUAUUCCCGGAUCUGAUAAAGCCAGAUAUCACAGCCCCAGGAGUGAAUAUCUUAGCCGCUAUGUUCGACAGCUACGCUUUCGAUUCUGGAACUUCCAUGUCUUGUCCUCAUGUUUCUGGAAUUGUUGCUCUUCUCAAAAACAUCCAUCCAAAAUGGUCACCUGCUGCCAUUAAGUCUGCUCUUGUAACAACUGCUUACACUACGGAUGCAUAUGGCUUUCCUAUUGAAGCUGACGGAAUUCCUCGAAAACUUGCUGAUCCUUUCGACUACGGUGGCGGUCUUGUUGAUCCCAACAAAGCUGUCGAUCCUGGACUAAUUUACGAUGUUGAUCCAAAUGAUUACUUCAAGUUCUUCAGCUGCACUAAUGAUGUAUCAAGUUGUGACCUAGUGGAUAGUCGUCUGUACCACUUGAAUCUACCAUCGGUCUCCAUUUCCGAUCUCAAAACUUCUGUGACAAUAAAUAGGACUGUCACCAAUGUGGGCGAUACGAAUUCUGUCUAUCGAGCAGUAGUGCAGUCUCCCCCGGGCGUUGAUACGAUUGUGGAACCUUCCAUCUUGGAGUUCAAUGCCUCUAAGAAUACACAAACCUUUGUGUUAACAUUCAAGGCUCUUCGAGCAGUGCAAGGAGACUUCACUUUUGGAAGCUUAACAUGGACGGACGGUGGGAAUCACACAGUCCGAAUUCCUAUUGCAGUUCGAGUUAUCAUCCAAGACUACUUUUCCAUCACCUCCUAAUAUGAAGUAUGAUAAAAGAUAUAUAUACACCAGAUUGAAAGUGCUUCAGUUCCCUGUUCUCGGAUUUAUAAGAGAUUCAGUAAUA